AUGGCGCACCGCGAUCAAGCACCGUAUGCGCCCCAGGAUCCCAAAGAGAUUACAAACCUGGUUCAUGCUCUCGAAGCGCACCAGGGUAAGAAGGGCAAUGGCGGCUUCUCGGUCAAGAAACACACGUUCUCGCUACCCAAUGGCCGGACCGUCGACUCAUGGAAGAUGAACGAUUGGGACUAUAAGAAAGCGAACCUUCCGACAUACGCCCGAGGACUGUUUACAUACAAGAACCGGGAAGGCAACUUUGAGAUUGUCACAAGAGGGUACGACAAGUUCUUCAACCACGGUGAGAUUAGGAAGACUGAGUGGAGGAACGUGGAGCAACAUACUCAGGGUCCAUACGAGCUGAGUGUCAAGGAGAAUGGCUGCAUCAUCUUCGUGUCUGGUCUAGAUGAUGACACGCUACUGGUGUGCAGCAAACACUCGACUGGUCCACGAGGCGACGAGCUCAGCCAUGCCCAGGCAGGUGAGCAGUGGGUGGAGCGCCAUGUCACGAGUGUUGGCAGGAAGAAGGAGGAUCUUGCUCGGACGCUUCGAUCCAUGAACGCGACACUCGUGGCUGAGCUAUGCGACGACGACUUCGAGGAGCACGUCCUAGCAUACACCAAAGACCAGGCUGGUCUAUACAUCCACGGUAUCAACCUAAACCUGCCCGAGUUCGCAACGUAUCCAGGCCAUCUCGUCGACAAGUUCGCGGACGAGUGGGGUAUGAAGAAGGUCACAUACGUAACGGAGAACGACAUCAAAGAGGUCAAGAAGUUCUUGGAGAAGGUCGCAGAAACGGGCAACUACGAAGGCCGCGACACAGAGGGUUUCGUCAUCCGCUGCCAGGCACGCGAGUCUGAGGGUGCGCCAUAUGUAGAUUGGUUCUUCAAGUACAAGUUCGAAGAGCCGUACCUCAUGUACCGCCAGUGGCGUGAGUGCACCAGGGCUCUGAUCGCUGGCAAGCCACCACGCUACAAGAAGCACGAGGCCAUCACCAAGGAGUAUCUGGACUUUGCCCGACGGCAGUUUGCCCAGAACAAGGACCUGGCAAAGCAGUACAACGCGAAUCAUGGCAUCAUUAAGAUGCGCGACGACUUCCUCAAAUUCCGCGGGACGACUGGUGCAGACAUUAUCAGGCAGGAAAUGCAGAACGGGCCCGUCGAGAGCAAGAAAGCGGACCGAAAUAUUGUGCUCGUUCCUAUUGCAACGAUUGGAUGCGGAAAGACGACUCUAGCUCUCGCUCUGGUGAAAUUGUUUGGUUGGGGUCAUUUCCAGAACGACAACGUCAAGGCUAAGAAGGGACGUGGUCAAAUCUUCGCAGACACCAUCUCUUCUUUGCUGGUCACAAAUCCUGUCGUCAUUGCCGAUCGCAACAACCAUCAGAAACGCGAGCGUGACCAGAUCUUCAAUGAUAUCUCGAAAAACGUGCCUGACGUCCGGUUCGUCGCACUGCACUAUGUUCACGAUCGAUCCAACUACGACCGCAUUCGACAGGCAACACAGACGCGUGUGCUCGAUCGUGGAGACAAUCACCAGACUAUUCAAGCAGGCUCGAAAGGCAGGGAUGAAAUUGUCCAGAUCAUGGAGGGCUUCAUGUAUCGCUUCCAGCCAGUCGACCCUUCAGGCAAGCCGGACGAUCUGUUCGAUCUCGUCAUCGACCUGGACCCGACCGUCGACUCGCGCGAGAACCUAGAGACAAUCAUCAGCAAGAUGUUCGAGACGUAUCCUGCUCUGUUCGCCGGUAAAGACAUGCCAACUGACCCCGAUAUGGACGCUGCCAUCCAAUGGGCCAUGAACGACUACACACCCGAUUUCAAGAUGGACCUCUCAAACAACAAGAACGACAAGAGAGGUAACAACCAAAACCAACAAAAUAGCCAACAACGCGGAGCCAAUAACCAGCAAGCUCAACCUGCAAAGCCAAAGAAAGCACCACGCAUGGAAUACUUCUCCGUCCGCCUCGACACUGCUCGCAUAAACUCCAUCCUCGAUUCCCUGUUCAACGACAAAGACGCAAACACCGCACGCAUGUACAAGCAACUCAAGCAAACCCGGCGUGUGCAGAACGAAUUCCACGUCACACUCAUCCACCGCGCAUCUGCACCCCAAAACCAAGAGUACUGGGAUAAACUCGGCAAACUGCACGACGCCUGCCAGAAGACAAGCUCGAGCGGCGCCUGGGAGCCGGAGCUAGGUACAUGUGACGUCUUGCUUGAGCGAGUGGUGUGGGACGAUCGCAUCAUGUGUUUUGUUGUCAGGUUGAACGGAUCUAGUACGCUACAGGUAGAUGAUGGUGCCGCGGGUACUACAACGACGGAGGAGUUGUUGUUUGAGACGGUGAACCCCAUGGCGCAUGUCACGGUUGGGACGGCGGAUCAAGGUAUCAAGCCCAUGGAGAGUAAUGCGUUACUCCAGCGCUGGUUGAACGGAGGGUCUGGAGGCGAUACGGGCAUUGGCGAGGUUAGUGUUAGGGGGAGCCAGGUGAUUAAGGGGAGCGUGAGGGGUGUGCUGGGUCGGUCGUAG